AUGAGACGAAUCCAACAACAUUGCUCCUCCCUCGGUUCGUCUUCGGACCACUUGCCAGCGCUGGAGGCUUUCACGCAGGAGAAGGCCAAUCUCGCCUACAUCAUCCGAAGGGAUAUCCUUCGAGCGCUCGAGCCUCCCAAUCUGGACUCCUCAUCACAGCCCCAUUCUCCGAAAGAUCAUGCAGACAGUCUAUUCGACAUUCAUGAAAGAUUACGUAGGGCUCACACCGACGAAGUGACUGCGUGUCACGGUGCGUUGAAGCUUGUCAUGGAGGUUUUUCGAUCUCCCGCUAUUAAUACAACGUUGAACAACGAUGAACUAAUAGGCUGUCUUGGCGACACCCUUCGCCUACUCGAGGACUCGAACUUACCCUCGUUCAAGGGUCCUAUGACCCAUGCUCUUUGUUGGGCGAUAAUGAGCACCCAGAAGCUUCCUCACACUGUAUUAUCUACUUUUGAAACCCGUAUAAUUCGGAUUCUCAAAUUGUAUCUUCCUAAGCUCCCUCCAGAGCUUGUGGAUGAUGAAGAGACCAUCAUCGAUGGCCUCCAGACUAUCGCUCAUCUUCUGCGGUACCAUUCCAAGACUUUCCUCGCUUCGACUGUCGAGCUUCUUCCCCGAUUACUCCCUUACCUCUCAUCUCCGUCGUGCCGACUGCGACACCACACGGCGCACAUCGUGGCCUCCUUUGCUCAUAUUAUUCUGUCAGCGCCUUCGCUAUCAGGCUCAGACUACACGCCUCCAUGCUCUCAUCAAAUUCGCACCCGGAUAUCAGCGCUCACAAAGCAAUAUUUCGAUAGACAAUCACAGCGACCCGACGCAUCAUUCCCAAAAAACCUGAAACACGUCUUCCAAUCUGUGCUUGCUCUCGAGGCUCAGGCUACAUCUCCCCAAGGCAAUAGCGCUUCCUGGAUCUUUUCCGUCACCUCAAGCCUAAUCAUCAUGUUCGGCGACGCCAUGUUUUCGUCCAGACGAUCCCUCACACUAGUUUCAUCCUUCCUCGAGGCGAUCGCCCAGCAGAGUGCUGUUCUGGCUCGCGUGGUAUGGAAAUGUUUAGUUCACAACUUCCGCACGGCGGUGCAAAAGGCGAGGGGCUCUGGCGAAGAGAUACCCCAUCAAGUGAAGUACGCACUCGAAGUGCUGACGAAUGCGGGUAUCCAGGAUGGCGUGGGGGUACCUGUCGUUGGUGUGCUGUUAGGGUGCGAUGCCUUCGACUUCUCCGGCCAUACGUCCAACCCAUACUCUCAUUGGGCAUUGUCAAGUACCCUGAACUGUUUGAAGAUUAUGCUUGGUCAUCCCGAUGCUCAUGACGAUGGAGUCAAUUUGUUUCAUAGGCUUCUCAGUGUCAUCGAAAGGGAACCCACAACCAGGUCAAGUGGCAAGAGUCCGCCGCUUCGCGAGGUCGUGCCUCCGAGCUUGUUCGAUGGCUCGGUGUUGGACGGCAGUGAUGCGGACACCGUAGCCUCACUCUCGAAGGGUAUAUCUGUGGUAGAGGGAGGCUCGAGGGACUAUGGAGUUGAGGACGUCAGAUAUUUGAGCGAGGGCGAAGUGGAACAGUUCUGGGAAGGAUUCGUAGAUUGUUGGAAAAUGGUUGUAGAUGCUUGUUUCCAAAGGAAAAUGUCGGGGACGUUAGAGCACCACCAUUUGCCCCAAAAUGUAGUUCUGUCUUGGCAGUCUUUGCUCUUCGUGCGGUCCCAUACCCUGAGCAAAAGCCAACAACAUCUCGCAUUUACCCCGGAUCUUGCCCCUUGGGCGUCCGACACCAUCACCUCCUUCCUCGCAAAACCGACGAACCUGGACGCUGGGGGAGGAACCGCUCAUAGGAUGCUAGCAGCUAGACUGGGCUUGAUCUACGCUCAACAGCUUUGGACGGUGAUGGCUAACUCUUUCGCAAAGCCUUCUCUAGCACCUGCCGCGAUUCCAAUCAUGGAAGUGUUGAUGGAGCAGGACUUUGCGUUUGACGGAAAGGUGCUGGAAGAGUUUUACAUCCUGUGCAAGGAUAUCGUCACGGAUUGUGCCGAGGGCAUCUGGCCGACAGUUAUGGCUCGCUUGAAUGAAACCGACACAGUCGAAAGCGGGGGUUUGACGGUCGAACGGAUUGCGAAGCGCAGACGUGUCUGGGUUGUCAUUGCGAAACUCGCCAAGGACCUUGAAAAGCGAUUAUCGUGGAAGGACACCGUGGAGUUGCUGUACACUCCUCUUGGCAUCUGGGGCCUGUCUGGCCAGGAUAACGAGGAGAAAGUGUGGGAUUCAGUUCUGGGAUGGACGAUGGGCCAAGCGAUACUUAAAGCCUCCAUCGAUUCUUCCAAAUUUUUGGACGACCUUGCAGAAAGACUCCAGCGCGAUGGUCGGGCCAAACUCCCAUCGACAGAACUUAGGCAUAUGCUUCACCGUCUCAGUUUAUCGGCUCGAACUGCCGCUAUCCCAUCAUCUUUCUUAUCGCUCGUUACAACCUUCCUAUGCGACUCUUUCUCUCUGUCCGAAGACUCCUUCCAUAACGUCGCUGGCAUCCUGAAGCAAAUGAAGCGGCUUAUCCUCACGGCUGCAAACGAGCUCCUAGUCCCACUUGUCGUCGAGGUUCAGGGCGCACUUUCACUUUGGAUUGGCAAUGAACGUCAUCCAAUCUCACCUGACGAUUAUAAUCAGAUCCUGGCUCCCAUAUAUACAGUCCUCCUCGACCGUCUCUCGGGUCUUUCUGAGCCCCCCGCCUCUCUACUUUCGAUAAUCAAUUCCCUCACCCCGAUUCUGACAUCAACGUUCAACAUGUCUGUACCAUCGCCUUGCAUAUGUCCUGAGGGAUUCGCGGACUUCUUCGGUAACAUGUUUCAUCGGAUAGGAGAACCGCUGGACAAGUGGUCCCCCGGAUUGCGGAGGUAUGCGAGCGUAUGCACGCAAGCUUGGCAUGGGGAAUGGGUAGACGGUAUGGACGUUUUGGAGACACAGUCACAGUUCACAGCUAUGGGGCAUAGUCAGGACGUCGAUGAAUUUUCGGAUAAAGAAGGCGACCAAUUUACGCAUCAGGAGCCCGGACUGCAUAUGGACCCCCCCUCGCCGACUAGCUCGCUUUAUUCUCGAUCCGAUGAAGUGAUUCCCGACUCCGAAGAGGACUUCAGACAAGUUCAGGAUGCUCCGUACUCCCCUGACAAUCGCUGGGCCAUAGGCAUCAACCCAAGUCAACUCUCGCAAUCACAACCCUACUACCAGAACAGUGACUCAGAGGGCUCCCUCGGCAUCGACGGAAAUGCAUUUUACUUUGACUCUGUUGGCCCCGAGUUCGUUCAAGGCGCAAGUGGAGAUGGGAGGUCUCAGCCUUCUCCGCGUGCCGAAUCACCGGAAUUACUUGAUACGUUUACGUCUCGUGCUGGCGGAAGCUCUAUUUUGUCCCCACCUUUGUUGCCUGCUGUAGCCGCCGCCGCGGCGCCACCCAAACUCGAUGAAAGGAAGAAACGGCGUUCCCACGAUGACCCCACGUCCCCUCGUAAACGCCCGAAGCUCGUGGAUUCCAAUCGGUCUGCGCCGGUUCAAAGGGUGACCUCUCCUGCUCGUCUUAGAACUGCUCGUGCAUCUUCGACUAUGGAUCCCACCCCUCAUAGCCUCGACGACGCCAAAAUCUCGGGGGCUACGGAGCACGAUGAGGAACAGUCGCAUACCAGUGAGCAUACGAACGCUGGGCGGAUGGGACGAACAGGGAGCGAAGGUCUUUCUGAUGCCGGUGGAGAUGACAGCCAACUUCCUGCUCGUCCUGACAAAGGAAAGGGAAGGCAGAUGGACGUAGAGGAGGAGGACGAAGUAGACGAUGACCGGGAGACGAGGGUGGAAACGCCUGAGAUUGUUAGGAUAACGAAUGAGUUGCCUCGUCAAGCGACCCGUGAUACCCCAUCAUUGCUAGUGCCCGAGACUCGGAGGAAUAUGUCUGUGCAAGUUUCGACGCCCCAACUCCGCCGCGUUUUCAAUCGAAGGGACACGGAGCAAUACGCUAGACUUCGCAGUUCUAAAGAAGCCCUCUACGAGCCACAACCUACACAGACACACCUCAAUCUUGUCCAUUCAUCGACUGCUCCAGCAUCUUUACCUACUCCGAGCUCGUCACCCUUUCAUGCGCCACCCAAUUCAUCGCCGGCAGACGGAGCGGGAGGAUUUAAGGCCACACCGCCAAGGCCCGAACCCCCACGCAGAGCAGACACUACGCCCGAGACAAUUCGGUCAUUGAGGGAGGUGCAUCAUAAACUGGUGAAAGAAGGUCGUGGUGUGACUUUGAGUGAGGAGGACAAAGCCUUUGUCAUAGACUGGUCGCUUGGGCUUUUAAAAGAGGUUACCAAGAAACCUGGUCCCUAA